GCUAUCUCAAUUCAGUCUCAUGUGGUCGGACCAUCCGUUGCGCCGCUACUGAUUCUAGCUCUUUGGACACCCAACAGACGAUAGGCCACUCAAACUGUCUUCGGUGACCACAAAACUCUGCUUGGUGGCAGCCCCCGGCGUCCCGAUCUCCAACCAUCUCGUGCUGGUAUCCAGCCUGUCAUAUGCACUGCGGCUGUCGCGCGCGACGCACGUCUGGAUGCCAUCUUUGAUGAUGGUUUGCACAGCUGAAGCGAUCUCCCUCAGCGCGCCCGCCCUGUGGAACCCGCACUGCAUCUCGCCAAGGCCACCGGAAUUCGUACCAAUGCACCAUCUCUUCCGCGACGACCAGGCUGAUCUGCACCGCGCGCCGGACUUCGGACGGCGCGCCCUGAACACGCGCAGCGUAUAAGUAUACACGCACGAUGGUCGGUUGUGCCUCACGGGUCCUGGUGAUUCUCCUUCGUUCUUCGCUCCCUCUCUUUUUCUAAAAACCCCUCCCUUUUCCCGACGUUUACGUCGCUGUACGAGUCUCGACGCCAUGGUGUUCACUCCGCUCCUUAUUGCUGCUCUCCUUCCCAUUGCUGCCCGCGCGGCGAACGACUGGGCCCAGCCGUGCUUCGGCGAGUGUAACUGGGACAUCACUUCCGACACUGGCUCCGGCACGGUCCGGAUUGCCGGACCCCAUGCCGCCGUGUCUGACAUCACGCCUGCCGCGGGAUGGAUGAUCAUGGACUGUGACGCCAACGCUGCCGACCAGGACAUCCGUCUUGUUUGCCAGGACCCAUCCAAGGGUUGUGACCACAUCUACACUGAUAGCGCGGCCGGUACUCUCGUUCGUCUCCCGAAGAGCUGCGGUUCUACUCCUUUCGCGCUUGUCACCCGCGACUGGGUGCACGCGGACCAGUCCAUCCCCGCCAGCAAGCGUUCGUCGAUUGUCCGCCGCGAUGGCUCCGCCCCCGUCGUAAAGGGCAUGAGCCUCGCGACCAACUUCGCGGACGUCGAUACCCCCACAAAUGGCAAUGUCACUCUUUUCCUCAUGGGCUCGUCCGUCCCUGGCGCCGCCGGCAACUUCACCGUUGAUCCCCCUACCGGCACUGCUGCAUCGAAGCGGGGUCUUGGUAGCUGGAUCGACGACUCGCUUAAGGGUCUCUCCCAAGUGCACGCGGAGCUCAUCGGCAACUUCAACAAGAACAUCACUGGCAGCAGCCCGAUCAACUUCGACAAGGACUUCCCCAUCUUUGACCAGAAGAUUGACUGCCCCCAGAACGGCGCCGUGCCCGGGUUCUCUGGGGAGGCCAAGGUUGACCUCGACGCUAAGGUUGAUGGUACCGUCAACUACGGUAUUGCCGCCUCGGGCAGCGUCAUCCCGCCCAAGAUCUCUGAGUUUGGUCUCUUUGUCGGUCUCGACACGACCAUCACCGGUACCCUCGGUCUUGGUGCCACGCUCACUGGCUCCAUCAGCUCUGGCAAGAUCUCGGUGUUCGAGGUCGGCCUCCCUGGUCUCGACUUCCCCAAAAUCUUCUCCAUUGGCCCGACCUUCAGCGUGAACGUUGAGGCGACCGCGUCUCUCGACGCCAACGUCGACAUGGACGUCGACCUGGCUUACGACGUGAAGGGAAUGGAGCUCUUCUUCCCUCCCGGCUCCAACUCCCAGGCCGGUACGUUCACGCCCGGUGACUCGAACCUCAAGCUUUCCGUCAGCCCCAACGUCACCUCGCACGGCCAAGUUGCGGCGCACCUCAUCCCCUCGCUUGCGUUCGGUAUCAGCGCGCUCGGUGGCAUUACCAAGGCGACCAUCAACCUUGACCUCGACGCCGACGCUGCCCUCGACCUGUCUCUUACCGCGGCAGCGCUGGCUUCGACUUCAACCAGCGGCAACGACGCGUCCACCGGUUUCGGCGGCUGCGUCGACAUCACGAGCGGUCUGGCGGUCAACGCAGGCGCGGACGCGGACUUCUUCAGCAUCUUCAAGAAGGGCCUCCAAGUCCCGCUCUUCACGAAGACCUUCGACCUCUUCAAGAAAUGCUUCGGUAGCAGCGCUUCCCGCAGGGCGUACACCGGCCGGUCUGAACGCGCAGCGCUCAUCGCGCGCGCCGACCCUCUGUCAUGCCCGGCUUCCAUCCUGGGCAGCGCUGCUAGCGUAGUUGAGGAGACGGUCACUGGUUCGAGCCUGACCCGCUAAACCCUGAUAUCCAUGACCUUCCUUUCGAUCGACUCUGGGGCUUUUUAGAAUCCUUUAAUUAUUGUUAUUGGCUGAGGGGAGCUCUUUUUCACUAUACCAGUUUUCAUCGCAAUUCAUGCGAUCACCCGCACAAUCCUGUCUGCUUGCCUGUUACUAAUCGCGGGAUACAUAUGUGCCUGCUAGAUCUGAGACAUUCAU